AUGAUCACCAACGUAGAUGAAACCUCCCUCGCUGCAUCAGCCAUCGAGCGACGCAAUUCUCUCGAGAAACAUCUCCUAAAUCGCCCUGAUCCUCAAGAUCUCAAAGAAAGACAUAUCCUGCUGGACACGAACGCCGCUCCAUCCAUCCAAGCAGCAACGCAGGAACUCGCCCGUCAGCGCACCAGUGACAGUCUCAAGAAACAUCUGGAGCACAGACCGGAUCGCGAGGAACUGGUUGAGCGCAAUAUCCUCCCACAUAUCAACGCAGCUCCGGCUCUCCAGGCCCACGCCCGCGAACUGGAGAAACAUAUGCUGGCUGAUCAUCUCGACCAAAAGAUUCAGGGCCGGCCGCAGCCGGAGGAACUCAUUUCCCAGGGGAUCCUUACAGAGGAUGAGGAUCCGAGAAAUCCGGCUGUCUGA